AUGGUUGUUCUCGCUCCCCGCUUCGCCCUUCUGGCCGCCCUGUCCUCCCUUGCUGCCGUCUCUGCCAUGCCGACUCCCGGCGAUGGUUCCUCGAGCUCAAGCAGCGGCAGCGAUGGAUCGGACGACCAGGCGCAGCGUCACCCAAAGCCUACCAUCCCUCUUCCCCCAAUAAAGUCGACAAGUAAGAUCCCCAAGGGCUCUGUGAAGAAUGGGAAUGCGCACAGUCAGGACGCUCAGUCGGGCAAGGACAAGCGAUCCUCCACCUGGGAUCCCUUGGACCCACUCCUCCAACUCGGUCCUAUCUGCAUUGGCGAUAAGCCCUGUCCGGAACGCACUCAAAGCAGGCGACACGACCACCACCAUGACAAGGUUAUAGUUAAGGGUGACCACGACCACGUCAAUGUGCACCGGUCUAUCCUUGCCUCGCGCUUCGCUCGGCGCUCGCCUCACGCUGGGAUAGUGGUUUCCGCCCCGAACGUUCAUGUCGGUGUCGACGAUGCCGAUGACGAUGCCGAUGUCGGCCUCAGGACUUUGGAACGCCGCUCGCCUCACGAUCAUCACGACAAGGUCAUCAUCGAGGGCGACCACGAUCACGUCCGCGUGCACAGAUCGCCCUCUCAUGACAGGCAUGACCACGACAAAAUAAUUGUGAAGGGCAGCCACGAGCACGUCAACGUCCACAGGUCUCCAGAGCCGCACCAUCAUCAUGACCACGAUCAGGAGAAGGUCAUCGUCAAGGGCGAUCAUGAUCAUGUCAAUGUGCAUCGUUCCCCUGAGCCGGAGCCCCAUCACCACCACGACCACCAUGACAAAGUAGUAGUGGAGGGGAACCACGAUCAUGUCAACGUGCAUCGUUCCCCAGCGCCGGAGCCCCAUCACCACCACGACCACCAUGACAAAGUCGUCGUAGAGGGGAACCACGACCAUGUCAAUGUUCACCGAAGGAGUGGCGGCGCAGGUUCAAAUUAUGUCGCAGGCGAACAUGGAUCCUCCUUCAUCGUCGCCCAUACAAGACGCAGUGACCUCCAGGUUUCUGGAGUUCCCGGUACCGUUGACAUUGUGACCGGAGUGAGGGGGACGGGGACGGCUCAGCAGAAGAUCGCCUCCCUGGUCUUAUCAGCGCCGGACAAUAGCACCGCGAACUCUGACAACAACACGGCUGCAAGCUUCGUGUUGAACGCUUCCGGGACUGACCAGACGCAGAUCUUCCUUGUAGCCGCGCCGUCGAAUGACACGAAUUCUACGAGCUGGUCCAACUCUGAGGCUCUGCCCAACUCGACUUUCCUGGAUUCGGAUUUCGUCAAGGUCAUGCUCCAAAUCCUGGUUUUCGAUGCGGAACGUGCGGCGCUGGAACCGUACUGCGCGACAUUCGACCCUAACCCCCCAGCGCCAUCCCCGCUGACCGUUGAACAGUGCUUGAAUGGCUCGUUAACGGACGCACACAAGAGUCAAGUAUUUGCAUACGUUCCCGACACUGGCGUCGUCCGGCCCAUGUGGUCGAACAACCAGGACGACCAGAUGGACGACCAGGACUCUGUGGGGAGCCCUAGUACGACCUCAAACUCGACGGUGGCUGCUACUGUGAGCUUGACGGCAAACGCGACAACCACUUCCCAGGAUCCCUCGACCCCAACGAGCGACAGGCCAGCAAGUAUGGCAAGCCUCGACGAAGACUUCGGCGAUGCGACGCACCCUCCGCUGCGUGCGUCUUUCGCUAAGACAUUCGAUGCACCUUCGGUCUUCGCUCAAGCUCACAAUGUGACGCUGGUAUUCACACCUGCUACACCCGAGGUUGUCGCUGGAAAGACUGUUGACUCGGAUCCUGACGAUUCUGGUUCGGCUGUGGGUUCUGCUAAUUCGACUGCCUCGGCGACGGGGACUUUCUCUUCGAACAUCUCGGCUUCCUCUGCGAUGGCUUCUUCCACCAUUGUGAGCUCUUCUGCCUCGACCUCUGACACUGCGUCUGCAACGGCCAGCUCUACUGCGUCAACCUCUGUCACUGCGUCUGCGACAGGCAACUCUAUUUCCUUGGAGGCUUCUGUGGCUAUUCCCUCUCUUGCGAACUUCGUCUCACUCUCUCAGACGGCCUCGGACUCGGGCUCAGCCAGUACCUCUGCGACAGCGUCUUCGAGCUCUGCGUCUCCCAGCACAACCGCCUUUGCUUCGCUCGCUGUGGAGGUCUACGAACCCACGGCUUCCUCAUCUGCAUCGGGCUCUGCCACCCCUAGCACUUCUGCGUCGGUUAUAGGCGCGGAGGACUUGGCUGAUUCGACCAGUACGGCGAUGAUCUCGAGUAGCGCAGCAUCCUCUAUGGCAACCUCGACAAGCACUGCGCUGUACGAAUGGGAGUUCCGCGAGGGUACUGUACGCGGUGCGAUGGACGGCUACUGA